AUGAAUUCCACGCAUACCUCCCGACAGAAGAUUCCCCGCCUCAGCCGAUCGAACGAUGUGCUCACCUCCGCACAACGGUGGCAAGCCGUAGUCAAGCGUGACGCAACAGUCGACAGUUUCGUCUACGCUGUUCUAACCACCAAGAUCUACUGUCGCCCUUCGUGUUCCGCCCGGCUGGCCCGGCGGGCGAACGUGGAAUUCCACGACACCCCAUCGCAGGCUGAGAACGCAGGGUUUCGACCCUGUAAGCGCUGCCGGCCACAAUCGGGACAAACGGCGGCUCAAAGUAAUCCACAAACCGCCAUAGUCUACAAGGCAUGCGAGCAGAUACGCGACGAGCUAGCAGCAGGGCUGAAACCGCGGCUUCAAGAUUUGGCGGCGCAGGCUGGCCUGACGUCGUGUCAUUUCCAUCGUGUCUUUAAAAAACAUACGGGCGUGACGCCUGGGACGUAUGCUAGUGGUCUUCUUGUAAGCACCACCACGCGGCCUCUAUCUUCGCCGGAUGUCUCGACGCCUGAUACACCGUCUAAAUUUGAAACAUCGCAUGACUGGUCGGGGAUGGAGGAGAGGGGGGGAGGGGAAACUGGAUUUAGACAUGGAGGAUUUUUUGGUGCCGCCCAUGGCUGGUCUGUUGGCGGUUGGGUCUCCUGUGAGCAUGGAUCCUAG